UUCAGGGAAAGAGAAACUGAAAUGUAGUUGAGCUGGUGUGUGUUUGUGUCUCUGUAUUCAUGCAGUAACAUGGCUGAAGCCAGAAUUCCAGUGUGUCCAGUGUGUCUGGAGCUCCUGAAGGAUCCAGUGACCAUCCAGUGUGGACACAGUUGCUGUAAGAGCUGUAUUAUAGGCUGCUGGAAUCAGGAGGAUCAGAUGAGAGUCUGCAGCUGCCCUCAGUGCAGACAGACCUUCAGUCCAAGACCUGCUUUAGCUAGAAACACCAUGCUGGCUGAACUGAUGGAGAAACUGAAGAAGACCAAACUCCUUGCUGACUGUUACGCUGGAGCUGGAGAUGUGCAGUGUGACGUCUGUGCUGGAAGAAAAUACAAAGCCAUCAGGUACUGUCUAAUAUGUCAUGAAUCUUACUGUCAGAAUCACCUCGAACAACAUGAGAGUUGGUUUAGAGGAAAGAGACAAAAUUUGACUGAAGCCACUGGACAACCGCAGGAGAUGAUCUGCCAGAAACAUGAGAAGCUCCUUGAGGUUUUCUGUCAUACUGAUCAGAAAUGUGUAUGUGUGCCGUGUAUGAUGGAUGAACAUAAAAACCAUGACACUGUUUCAGCUGCAGCACAGAGGACAGAGAAUCGGCAUAAAAUUUUAUUUGAUUCUUCCUGUUUUUUAUUUGUCCUCCAGAAAACAAUCCAGCAGAUGGAGAAGGAUCUUCAGCAACUGAGAGAGGCUGUGGAGUCUCAUAAGCGCUCUGCACAGACAGCAGUGGAGGAAAUUGAGAGCAUCUUUACUGAGCUCAUCCGCUCCAUUGAGAGAAGCUGCUCUGAGAUAGCACAGCAGAUCAGAGAUCAGGAAAAGACUGCAGUGAGUCGAGCUGAAGGACGACUGGAGCAGGAGAUCAAUGAUCUGAGGAGGAGAGAUGCUGAGCUGGAGCAGCUUUCACACACACAGGAUCACAGCCAGUUCCUGCAGAGUUUCCAGUCUCUCUCAGUAUCUACUGAAUCUUCAGACAUGCCCAAUAUUCCCUUCAGUUCUCUCUUUUCUUUUGAUGGUGUGAGAGAAUCUGUCCAUCAGCUGCGAGACAAACUGGAGGAUUUCUGCAAAGAGGAGCUCAGGAAGAUCUCAGACAGAGUCACACUCACCAACAUUGUUCCCAGAACCAGGAAGGACUUCCUACAAUAUUCCCAUCAGCUCACCCUCGAUCUGAACACAGCACAUAAACUCCUCCGUCUGUCUGAGAGAAACAGAGUGAUUACUUACACUGACACACUCCAGCUGUAUCCUGAUCAUCCAGACAGAUUUGAUAUAUAUCUUCAGGUGUUGUGCAGAGAGAGUGUGUGUGGACGCUGUUACUGGGAGAUUGAUUGGAGUGGAGGUGCACGAUUAUCAGUGUCAUAUAAGAGCAUCAGCAGGAAGGGAGAGGGUCAAGAGUGUUUCUUUGGAUAUAAUGAUCAGUCCUGGAGUUUGUUCUGCUCUCCUGACAGAUAUUCAUUCAGACACAAUAAGAUAAAGACUGUUUUCCCUGUAGAGUCCAUCAGCAGUAGAAUAGGAGUGUAUGUAGAUCACAGUGCAGGAACUCUGUCCUUCUACAGCGUCUCUGACACAAUGAGCCUCAUCCACACAGAACAGACCACAUUCACUCAGCCGCUCUAUCCUGGUAUUUAUGAACCUAAGCUCCGUCAGCACAACCAACGCCUGUCGCUUCCCACAGAAAAAGAACCGAGCGAGAACAUUCAUCAAAAACCAAAGGCCAAGCAGGGCAACGGCUGGGAGCGUAUGGUCCUCCUCAUUCAUGGCACAGCCCUGUGA